AGGAGUUAUGGCAGGCACUCUAACUGCAAUAUCGAUCAAAGAAGGUAGCAGUGAUGUUGGAGCUGGAGAUGAUGUUGGAGCUGGAGAUGUGGUGAUGAAGUUCAGGACACGAUCCGUCCAAAUGAGCUCGAAUUCGAAUGAUGGAUGUUAUCAAGAAAGAAGUGGUCCUGCCAACUUCCCUGACUCAGUUGCCUGUCUCUCUCGCUCAGUUCCCGAUGGUCUCCGCCAGCUCACCAGCCAGAACCAAGUCAUCUCCCGUCAGGACCUCGCCUUCUAGGAGAAACAGCAUGGCUCUACCUGACACUGUAAACCCCGCAAGCAGGGUAGUCCACUACACUCCUAAAGCUGCAAUAUUUGACUUCUACACAGAGGUAAAGAUGGUCGUGGAGCCCAAUGGUCACGAGGUCGUGAUCGGGAAGUGUGGCACCUGCUCUCAGACUAUACGGGGAUCCAGGAAUGUUACCUCCAACUUUGUCACCCAUGUCAAGAGGUUGCAUCCUGAGCAGCAGAGUAAUUGGGAGCGCAAGAAAGCAGAACGACACGGUUACUUUACCAAGAACUACAGUGCCCCUUCCAACUUAUCCAGCUUUAGCAACCUUUACAGCACUUUCACCAUACCCACUCAGGUGAAGAUGGAAACAACCCCCACAACUAUGCUGUGUUAUGAUACCCACAACAUGGUCACAACCCAGCCCAUCGUCACCACACAGAACACCCACCCCACCUCCUACACCAAGAAUAUCGUCACCCAGGACAACUUCCUUGUCACUCAGGACUCGACCCUUACCACCACCGUCAAACAGGAGCAAAACGAAACGAGUAGGAAGUACUCUGGAACCAGCCCGGCAACCAUGACAACCACAGCAACACGUGUCGUGUCACCUGACUCAGUUACCGAUAACGAGAUGUGGGCACUGCUCCAGGCUAAACAGAUGUUAUCUUUCCUCGUGGAACAGUUCCUGCCACUAGAAACUGCAGAUAGUCCCUCGCUCACCACCCUCUUGUCCAGAGCACCUCAGAAACCGUAUUCAAGUGCUGUUCUCCAGAACGUUCUAGUGCCCACAUGCGUUAGUCACGUGACCUCCAGCAUCACUUGCUCGUUACAGACAGCAAGCAGCGUGAGUAUUGUGGUUACGACACAACGCAAGAAAGGAUCCCUGAUUCUGUUUGCUGUUUCACUUCACUUCGUGGACAUGAGCUGGAAACACGACAGUCACCUCCUGAGUGUCAAGUACUAUACCUCCGUAUCUCAGUUUGAACGCUCCUUCCUUGAUCUCCUUGUCAAACACAAUAUACAGAACAAGGUGUUCAGAAUUCUGGGAACCGACAUGACGAAUAACACCAACUUCUCACUGUUGAACAUGCCUGAGCAAGACUCCCCACUACUUGAGCCGGUCAUCCUUCCCUCUACUCUCGCUGGUAUAACAGUAGAUAAAUGUGAUCCCUUGCCGGAAGUAACCAAUUCCUUGAUAUCUGCCGCUCUAAGUAAAUCAGACUUGGGCUCUAAACUAAGAACUGAGUUGAAGACCUCUCCCCAAACAUUCAACCUCAAAUACGAUCCUGAUAUGCCCAAAUGGUCAAGUGAACAGAGCCAGAUCAGUCCAAAACCAGACUCGAUUCUCUCCGAAACAUUAUCCACUCUAGAGCCCUUCAAGGAGAUAUUUGAACUGUUAAAGACAGACCAACUCCUGGUGUCAGUUGCAAUCCCCUCCAUCUUAUCCCUGAUAAAGUUGUUCGAUCAGAAGCCAAGAUCUGAACUAACGAGCGUGUUGUUGGAGCAGUUAAGAAACUAUUUGAAGAAGAUCAACUGUAAUCCUCUCUUCAGAGCAGCUACCUUUCUCGACCCAAGGUUUAAACUAGUUUGGUGUAAAGAUAAGGACGAAGAGUUGAAAGUUGUAUCCGAACUAAGAUCCUUUUGUGCUCUUAAUUUGGAUGGUCAGGAGAAGGAGAACACUGAAAUGAAGAUCAAAUCAGAGGACUGUUCACUGCAACCGGAGAGUAAACGCAUCAAGCUCUUUACCUACUUCUCCAGUGCGGAGACCGACGAAAUGGAUCACUUCAGAACAGUAUCUCCCCUGGACCGAGAGAUAAAGGAAUACCUUCACUCACCUGUCGCAGAGGAAACAACCAACCCUUUCGACUACUGGAAGGACAAUCACGGAACCUUCAAACAGUUGAGCAGAGUCGCGGGCAAACUAUUGACAGUCCCGAUCGUACAAACUAAAGUGCAGUGCCAUCUCAGUAAGUUCGAAAAACGGAUCGAAAGUCUGGAAGACAUUUCACUGGCACAGACUGAAGAAUAUUUAUAUCUCAAGGUUAACAAAAUUCUGUGGUGAGUGUAGUAGAUGGAUUGUGGUGCAUUUUUAAGGGUUGUGUAAAUUUAUUUGUGUCUGUAUACUUUGUAAUUGUUUUUUGCUGACGCAUUCCUUUGAAUGCGUCGUUCUUUAAACUCAAAGUCAAAGCAUUUGGUGAGUAAAGCGAUUCUAAGACUAAAGAAACAUUAAACCCUCGCUGUUUAAGUUACUGAUUUAGAUAAUAACGUAAACAAACUGGUAAAUUCUUUUCGCUUUACGUUAUGAAAACUACGAACGAGACGUUUACUAGUUAUUUUGAACACAAAUUGGCAUGGCUUUCACAAUUCUGAUAUUGUUGUCAGAUUCGAUAAUUUUAUUUUUAAAUUUUAUAGUGAUUUAAAUUAUAAUCCAAUUUGGAGUUGAUUUAAUUUAAUUCUUACUGACUAUCACAAGGCGAUUAGUACUGAAUAUAUUGACAGAUAUCAAAUCCAAAUUAUACUUACUGAUAUCUAUUUUAUGAGUUAUUUAGUGCUUGUUGACCGUAGUUUAAUGAUAAACUACAUGAUUUGUACAGCAAUAUAUUUGUCAUGAAUCUAUAUUGUGUGAUUUGUUCACCUAGAAUUUAUAUAAGAAACUACAAAUUACGAUUAGAAAUUAAAACAAUGUUGGAUAUCAAGAUAAUUAUCUUUUUAGACUAUUAAAUUGGGGUUACCUUUGAUCACACUGGAAACACGAAAUUACAUUUUUUGAUUUCAGUCCAAUUUAAGAGUCUUGCUUUAGUCAAGUAAGAGCCAUGCUCAAUUAGUGUUCUCAGUAACGCCGCUCCCAAUAAUUCUUUCGCCCAUUUUUUAAUCUCGCGGAAAAGCCCUGAGGGUAUGACAGACAGUUCGAUCGAUGUGUUUUUGGACGGUAACCAUGGCGACGACACUCGGAGAUUCUGGAUCACCUGGUCACGUGACAGGCUAGUAAAACACGAAUUUGAUUGUUAAAGUAAUUAGUAAUGACCAAUGACAGUGUUGAUUCGCUGUACUUCAGUGAUUUGCUGCGUAUAUAUAACUUAACCAACGCGCAGUUU